AUGGCAGCUCGUCAUCGCAAAAUACCCCUCACAGAGGCGCAAAUUGAGCAUAAGAAAGCCAAGUUGAAGCAGCGCAACGACGCCAGACGUCCUCUACAGCAUGAGAAUAGGCGAAUUUUCAGACAGGGGAAAGCCAUCGCGCGGGAAUUGAAAGAUCUGAUCCAUGAGAUGACGGAGGGUGAAGGGAAGAACUUGUUGCAGGACAAACUUGCGCAUAUAGUCAGUGGGACGAAGGAUACAGAAGUUAGGAGGGCGAAAUUGCUAGCGAUGCUGAAAGAGUUGGGAGGGACUGCUAAGACCGCGGGAAAGGAUGGUGCAAGUGCUGGAAGGGACAAAAAUACUGAAAUGCGUGAUACAACUGAGCGAAAGGAGCAGCGGGCGACUGUCUGUGCUACCAUUGAGAGGACAAAUGAUCAAGAGGAGAAGCUGCCAGUCAUUUGUGCCACCAUCGAGAACGACGACUCAAUGAUCAAACAAGACCAAGAAAACGCAGGAGAGACCAAACAGCGUGAGGCAGAAGACGUGGACCUGAAUACUGGGAUCUACACUUGCGACUGGUGCUUUUGA